UACCUCUCGUGGGCAACCUAUCCUGACGGAUACUACCACACCGAGGCCAUGUAUCGGGGCGUGGCCGUCGGGAUCGGAGCGUCGGCACACUACGCCAUCAUGCAGUACAAUCCGUCGCUGACGGUCAACUGCGACUACUACGGGUUUGCCGGAGCCGGAAUGCUGUCGAUCCCGUCGCUCCCGAUCAUCAUCGCAGCGAUCGGCUCGAUAACGGCGAUCCUGAGCAAGGUUGCCGAGAUCAUCUACUGGGUGACGAUGCGGGCGACCAUCAAGACGCCCGGAUUCACGGAGGCCCGCCGAGCGCUCCAGCAUCCGAUGCGAUUUGCUCUUGAUACCGCCCACACUCUGUCUCGGUUCCAGACAUCCAGUCCCGACGACUACUGCAACGUCACGACACGCAAAUCGGUCCGGGCCAUCGGCAACCGGAUAGUGCGGUACGGCGAGGACAUCAAUACGUGCGAGAACGAGAUCGGGCACCUCCAGAUCGGCGAGGCCGGGUUCAUCUCGACGGUCAAGGAGGACAAAAUGUACGGCGGCUUCACCCCGACGGUGCAUGCCGAAUGGGACAACUUUACACAGAACAACUAGCCAGCGCCACGACGGCGGUAUGGGAUUGGGUACGACAGCCUUGGUACAGAGCGAGGCGGGGUGGCAAAGACUGGGAGCCAAAACGAGGUUGCAAGACGAGGCAACAACCCACAGAGGGUGGUAUUGAGUGGCAGCAGAUGGAAGAGAGUCACAAAGAGUUGUAUGGGAUGUUAUCAACUGUCGCUGAAUGGCAGAGCAUCUCGCUGAAUGGCAGAGCAUCUCGCUGAGUGGCAGAGCA